CGCCCCGCCCGGCGGUGCGCGCCCCGGGGCGGCGGGGAGCGGCGCGGAUGGACAAGGUGCUGCCGGGGGCGGCGGGGCGCGGAGCCGGAGGCUCCACAUCUGUUUGUUACAAGCCUACUAGCCCAGUCCAGGUACUGGAAGACACUGGUUUUCUUUACCAGGAUCACCAGUUGUUUGCCGGCAGGCAUGAAGUUUCUCCGCUGACAGCUGAAGCAAUCAGUGCCAAAGAAAAAGCUGCCGAGGAGGCCCUCUGCACCCUGCGCCCACCCAGCUUCCGCCGGAUCCCAGAGGCAGAGAUGCGAGGGGCGGAGGAGGUGGCAGCCGGCACCGUCCUGCAGCGCCUGAUCCAGGAGCGGCUGAGGUAUGGCAACCCCAGCGAGAACAUGAACCUGCUGGCCAUACAGCACCAGGCGACGGGCAGCGCCGGCCCCUCCAACAGCACUGCCAGCACUCUCUCUUCCGCAGAAAACCUCGCGCCCGAAGAGCCGUCAAUGGUCCAGCCGUCAGGGCGGCAGGAACCGCAGGGGCAGGAGCACCAGGGGGACGGUGCUGCAAUGGAGAAGCAGCCCCGGGCCCCGCAGCCCCCGCACAGCACAGAGGAGCUCCCCACCUACGAGGAGGCCAAGGCCCAGUCUCAGUUUUUCCGAGGCCAGCCGCCGGCCACUGCCGCCGCGCCGGGUUUUUAUGGCGCAUCCAGCCAGAAGUCCAGGACGGAGGGGAGGCCGACGGUGAACCGGGCCAACAGCGGGCAGGCGCAUAAGGACGAGGCGCUGAAGGAGCUGAAGCAGGGCCACGUCCGCUCGCUGAGUGAGAGGAUCAUGCAGCUCUCGCUGGAGAGGAAUGGGGCCAAGCAGCACCCCCCGGCUCCGGGGGGUGGGAAGGGCUUCAAGGUGGCCCCCCCACCCAGCAAGGCCACGGACCUGCGGGGCCCGCCACCCGAGUACCCCUACAAAGGCAAGGCGGCAGCCCCCGGCAGCAAGGCGCCCGAGCAUGGGCUCUUCUAUGGCGAGCAGCCGGCGCAGGAUGUCCUCAAGGCCGCCUACACGGCCGCCCCGCAGCCCGCCCGGGCGGAGGUGGCCCUCGUCCGCUACCAGCCACCCCCGGAGUAUGGCGUCAGCAGCCGACAAUGCCAGCCGCCCUUCCCGCCGCCGCCGGCCCAGCAGCACAGCCCCAUGUCCUCACAGGCCACUGCCACUGCUGGCUCUCUGCUCCCAGGAGCCUUGCCCCCGCUGCCAGCCCCCGCCACUGCCCAGACACCGACACCGACACCGCCGGGCCAGCAACUGACGCCUGACGCCUUCGCCAUCGUGGAGCGGGCACAGCAGAUGGUGGAGAUGCUCUCCGAGGAGAACCACGUGCUGCGGCAGGAGCUGGAGGGGUACUACGAGAAGGCGGACAAGCUGCAGAAGUUUGAAAUAGAGAUUCAGAGGAUUUCAGAAGCUUAUGAGGGCUUGGUCAAGACCACCACUAAGAGGGAGUCUCUGGACAAAGCAAUGAGAAACAAACUCGAAGGAGAAAUUAGAAGACUUCAUGACUUCAACAGGGAUCUCCGUGAACGACUGGAGACAGCCAAUAGGCAGCUAGCCAGUAGAGACUUCGAUGGGCAUGAGGAUAAGUCAACAGAGGGCCUUUAUGUGACUCAGAACAAAGAGCACUUGAAGGAGAAGGAGAAGUUGGAGGUGGAGCUGGCAGCUGUGCGCUCUGCCAAUGAGGACCAGCGGAGGCACAUCGAAAUCCUCGAUCAGGCCCUAAACAACGCACAAGCCAAGGUCAUCAAACUGGAAGAGGAGCUGCGCCGAAAGCAGGCCUACGUGGAGAAGGUGGAGAAGCUGCAGCAGGCGCUGACGCAGCUGCAGGCAGCCUGCGAGAAGAGGGAGCAGAUGGAGCGGCGGCUGCGCACACGCCUGGAGCGAGAGCUGGACUCACUGCGGAUGCAGCAGAGGCAGGGCAGCUACCAGGCCAGCAGCCUCCCAGAGCACAGUGCCCCAGCCCUGAUGGAGCUGGUGCGGGAGAAGGAGGAGAGGAUCCUGGCCUUGGAAGCCGACAUGACCAAGUGGGAGCAGAAGUACCUAGAGGAGAGUACGAUCAGGCACUUUGCCAUGAAUGCUGCAGCCACAGCUGCAACAGAGAGGGACGCCUCGGCCCCGAGCCACUCACGCAACGGCAGCUAUGGUGAGAGUGCGCUGGAGGUGCGGGGCUGGCAGGAGGAGGAGGAGAUCGUGCAAGCCAACCGGCGCUGCCAGGACAUGGAGUACACAAUAAAGAAUCUCCAUGCAAAAAUAAUUGAGAAGGAUGCCAUGAUCAAGGUCCUUCAGCAACGGUCACGGAAGGACCCCGGGAAAGCCGACAGCGCCAGCCUGAGACCAGCUCGGUCCGUCCCCUCCAUCGCCGCUGCUACGGGCACGCAUUCACGCCAGACCUCACUCACCAGCAACCAGAUAGCUGAGGAGAAGAAGGAAGAGAAGAUCUGGAAGGGAAGCAUAGGACUGCUCUUGGGGAGGGAGCACCACGACCACCCAUCAGUACCCUCGCUGCCUCCUCCGCUGCCCUCCUUGUCCUGCAUGCCCGUUCCGGCACCAGCAGCCUCCCACACAAAGACGGGCAGCAAAGACAGCAGCACCCAGACAGACAAAAGCGCUGAGCUCUUCUGGCCCUCUGCUGCUUCCUUCCCUGGCCGUGGACGGCUGGGUACCACUCCAUUGCACAGCCCGGCCCCACGGCCCCCAGCAACACGAGUGGCCAGCGAGAAACUGGAGAACUCAAACCACGGGAAGCUGCCUGACAGCAAAGGCCGAGUGAGCAGCUUGCUCCACAAGCCCGAGUUUCCAGAUACGGACAUGAUGGAAGUCCUCAUCUGAGCAGAGGAUGGCGCCUCUGGGGUUUUGUGUGCGUACAGCCAGGUCCAAGGUGGUCCUCCGUGUGCCAACCUUAAAAACUAACCCUGAGCAUUUGAACAAAGACAGAGGAAGUUUGUGCCCAGAAUGAAUCUUGAGUCUGAUAUGUUGAGACUUUGGACCAAGCAAGAAGUCAAGAGCACUGAAGAGGAGUGAUGAAAUGAACGUCUGGGAUUUUCUGAGCAGAAAGGGGCAUUGAAAACUGAAUGUGGCAUGAGAAGGGGAUCGUUGAGGGAAAAGGAAACUGCAUUUUCUGGUGUAAAGAGAAGGUAGUAAAGUUACAGACUGGGUGCAAACUGCCACUUGUUUUCCUGCCUCUCUGCAGCCAGGACAAGGGAGUGAAAUCCCAUCUCUUUUGAGGCCAGAGGCAGUUUCUAAAUAACCAAGGAGAAACUUGCGUCUUCUUCAGAUUCAGUUCAUUUCUCUAAAGUAUUCACUGCUUAAUUUCAGUGAAUAAUUGGUCCAUAGAUGUACACAGCAGGUUCUUGUAAGUAUUUGUUUGAAAUGGUGUGGUGUGGUUUUCCUGGGCAGGCAGGUCAGGUGCCUCUUUCCUGGCUGGACAAGUGUUGCUCUUGGAGCUGGAUUUACAGUGCAAAUAUUCGUGUCUUGCAACCUCCAAACUUGCUGAGUCUUCUUUUUUUGGUAGGAGCAGUUGUUGGCUGGAAUUCCCAUGGAGGAUGAAAGUAGAAGGGGGGAGGAGGACCCUGCUGAAGCAAUGCCUCUUGUAAGGAUGGGAAGGUUUCAGGAUGGAAAGUUGGGGGAGGAUCCCGGCAGCUCCCCAAAGGGCUGUGCAGUGCAGAAGCUCAUUCAGAGCGGGGUUACAUGGCUGCAUUUCCAGUGGAGUUAAGCUGGGCUUGCGUGUGAGAUCAGAAGAUGCCUCUAACUGUGCACUGGUUCAUAGUAGUGGAAGAACCAGUGUGCUUGUGGUAAGAACAGCAUUUUUCCUUAUUUUCAAUGCCUACAGCCAAAUCCUACCUUCCUAGAGCAUAUGAACCUGCCAUUCAAGCUGACAUGGGACUGGGCACUAAGGGGUGUAGGGUCAGGCUGGGAAGGGUUUAACUGCAAAGCAAAGCAUGAGCAUCAUCUGUUUUCUGCACUGAGCUGCAGUUUCUUUUCACCUCGUUUUACCCAGGAUGGAACAUUUCUAAUUUUUAGCUUAGUCCCUGAUUUCUGCACGAGGUGGCAGCUAUCUUUGUAAGACAGCCGACUCACCAGCAGCAUUAAUCAUGGCAUACCAUUUGCUUCAUGCAUUGCACAUGCUGAUGAGGAAAUUUUCCUCUUGGAGGUAUUCUGUAUUGGCUUUGGGGUUCCUGAACCUUGUGGUGCACCGUUAUGACGUUAAGACCUUGGCUUUGGGAAAAGGGGUGAUGGGAUUUUAUGUGAAGCUUCCUACAGUGGAAAAUUGAUAGGUGCUGGAAGUAGUCAUGUGCUCAGGGCUGGCUCGAGGUCACCCCUUCCUGCAGGUAUCGGAUCAGAGCCCUCGAUUGUGAAAACACCAGGCACUUUAAACUCUGCUUUUGCUGAAAACUGAAGUCCUUGCAACCUCAAUGCCUGCAGGGGCCAGGGCCCUGUGCUCAAUACUGCCUGGCUGAUACCUUUUUUUUAAAACAAAAUUGCUAUGUUAAAUCUAUGCACUUACUUUUGCGUGUACAUAGAAUUAGACAUAUGUCAGUGUUGCCCUCGUUCUGAUUUUUGCACUUGUUAAAUGAAGUAGGCGUAGGUAGGUUGUGCGGGCAAGCAAACUGUGUGUUUUGAGUAUUAGAAGCUUUGCAUUGUGAAACCAAACGUGUAAAACCCUUGGAUAAUGUUACACAGCUUAAUAUAUGCCUUGUAAAAUAAUUUUUUUUUUCUCUAAAGUUAAUUUAAAGGUUGUAAGUGUUUGCAUAAAGGCCGGGCCUGCGCAUGGCAGCAGCGCUGACCCACCUCCGUAGCCCUUCCUUGAAAGUCUGCGGUUGGAGCGGCGCAGGAGGAAGUCAAAGCAAGGGAAUACAAAUAAUGGUGAAUGUUUCAUUUCAUCAUUUCUCAUCAAGAAAUAAGGAUACCCAGGUGCUUGGAAGCCUCUAAGCAUUUUAUUACCAGCUGUAUUAUUUCUUUUGAUUAAACUAUUUAAUUUGUGUACAGGCAGACAGCUAGACAUCCCACAGCAGCAGUGUUGGAUCAGCAUGUGUGAUGCGGCUUUCAGUUAUGUUUGGUAGUGGUGCAGCUCAGCUUCUCCAAGUCAGCUAGAGUACAGCACUCCUCCUCCUCGUGGAGACCACAGUCUCUUGAGUUUCUGGUAUCCCAAGGUGCAUUUACAACCGAUGCUGCCCCAGAUUCAUGGUGACAUAUAGGAAACCAUUUGUCAGAGACUAUGGUGUAGGCAACUCCUUUGCUUUUGGAGUCGUGGCUCAGAUAAACUCGAAGAUUCAUUCUGAAUUACGUUAAACUCAAGAGAUGUUAGUUUUCCUAGAUGAAGGGUCUGGAGGACCAGCGGGUCUUCCCCAGGCCUGAGCACUAGCAGGACUUGCAUGGAGCACUACUGCCAUAAAUCAGCCCUUCUCAGCAGAGCGGUGAAACUCCAUUUGUGCUGGUUUUCCCAACUCUGUGAACUCUUCUGUGUUUUGAGAAACUGUGCUGUAGCCAUUCCAGGUGACGUUGGUAACUAGUUGUAAAAUACUGUCAUUUUUUAUUGUUGUUGGUUGUAUAGAGAAGUUGGUGUACAGUGUUGUACAGCUGGAAGGUUAUUUGUACAUAGGGGGGGAAAUGAAGAACGUUACAUGUCACCCACAGCAAAUACUGAUAAUGUUGGUCAGCCAAAGAUUUCUUACUCUUUGCUGUUUAAACUUGUGCCUUAAUAUUGUAUAUAAUAAAUGUAUAAACAUG